AUGGCUUUGGCUAUGAGAUUGAUUCAAGUACCGAUCAUAUUAGCAUUUUCCUUGGCCAUCUUCGAAAGGGCAUUACUAGCAAGCGAUCCUGACAUUAUUUCAGACUUUAUAGUCCCACCGAAUUACAACGGCACGGUUGAUGGAACGUUCUUCACUUUCACUGGAUUUCGUGGCAUCUUCGAUCAAGCUCCUCAAACCAUUAAGGCAGGAAAGGCAAGCAGAGUUGAGUUCCCCGCUCUCAAUGGCCAAAGUGUGUCGUAUGCAGUCCUUCAGUUUCCUCCUAACUCGCUAUUACCACCUCACACCCGCCCCGACGCAACUGGAUUGUUGUUUCUUCUUGAUGGUACCUUGGAAGUAGGGUUGAUCGACACAAAAAACAAUCUCUAUACGCAAAAGCUUCAAACUGGAGAUCUGUUUGUUUUUCCCAAAGGGUUAGUCCAUUACCAGUACAAUUCGGAUCCUCAGUUGCCAGCCACUGCCAUUGCAGCAUUCGGAAGUGCAAGUGCUAGAGCAGUUACAGUCCUGCCGUCUGUCUUUGGCACCGGAAUCAACAACAUGAUCCUUGCCAAAUCAUUUAAGACAGAUGUUAGUACCAUUGAGAAUAUCAAGACUGGCUUCACUACCCACUAG